UAUUCCCACUGUAACUUGUUGGGUGUGUUUUGAUGAUGUUGGUCUCCAUUAGAAUAAACUGUGGUCUCACCUCCUCCUCUUCCAAUUAUCAGGAUUGAUGAACAAAAAGCUGAACUGAAGAAACAUCAAUUUGAGCAGAGAGAAAUGUAUAAGAAAGCACUGGAAUACCAGCUGAAACACAGGCCUUCCAGACUGCCCAUCUAUGAGCCCAUGGGCACCUUCACCAACUUUGGGCAGAAUGAGAAGACCCUGGAGGCCGAGAAGCGGCAGAGAAAUAUUGAAUACAUGAAGCAGCAGGUGGAAGCCGCUGCAGGCCACAAAAGACAGCUUAUCCUCAGCCACAUAAAAAAUCUGCAGCAAGAAAAAGAAAUGCUCCAGAAAAACCAAGAAAAGCAUUUAGCAGAAAGAUGUGCAGAAGAGGAUCGAAGGAACACCAUCAAUCAACACCUGAGAAAAGAAUGGGAUAAAGAUGUUGUGCUGAAGCAUCAGCGAGAUGAAGAUGCCAAGGCCUUUGACAAGUAAUUGCCUUCUGGGGUUGCAAGUUGCCUUCUCUCCCCAUUUCCUCUCCUCUGAUCUGUGGGUCUAUAGAGCUUCAUGAAAAUGAGUGGGGAUUGCCAAGGGAACUCCAUGGAGGACAGAAGUCUGGGUUUAGUGUGGGGACAGCUGUGCUGCCUGCUAAAUGUCUACCAACUGUGUUUUCCUCUGCCUCUACUCAAGGGACCUUUGUUUUCCUUUUGUGGACGGUGGGGAACAGAGUGUGGGGCAU